AUGUUUGGUGAAAUUAAAGAGAAAAUGGAGAAGAAAGAUGCAGCUAUUGCCAAGUUAUACCAAAUACAAAAUGGAAGUCCAAAUUUGCAUAGUCACGAUCUUGAUGACAAUGAUGAAGACGCAUUCAACGAUGAUGCCCAGAACUCAAAUUUCAGCAUGGACCGAUUUAUGAGAAGUAAAGGGGGUCAAAGAUAUAGAUUUAACAAAGGAGACGAAAAUCUGGCAAGGUGGGGAGAUUGGCAAGAUCAUGACUUAGGCAGCAUCAAGAUGAAGAUUCCUCCAUUCCAAGGCAAAAAUGAUCUAGAUGUGUAUUUGGAGUGGGAAAAGAAGGUGGAAUAUGUCGUUGAUGGAGAACUGCUUGUCAUUAGGCGAGCUUUGAAUAUGCAAGCCAAAGAAGAUGAUGAAGUACAACGUGACAAUAUAUUUCACACAAGGUGCCAUGUCAAAAACAAGGUAUGUAGUGUGAUUAUUGAUGGUGGUAGUUGUACUAAUGCAGCUAGCACUGUUUUGGUUGAAAAGCUUAAUUUACCGAUGAUGAAGCAUCUAAGGCCAUAUAAACUGCAAUGGUUAAAUGAUUGUGGAGAAAUCAAGGUAAAUAAGCAAGUUCUGGUUUCAUUCUCUAUCGGACGAUAUAAGGAUGAGGUACUGUGCGACGUGGUUCCCAUGCAUGCUGGACAUUUACUUUUGGGGAGACCAUGGCAAUAUGAUAGGAGAGUAACACAUGAUGGCUUCAAAAAUCGCAAUUCGUUCAUCAUGGAAGGGAAAACAAUUACUCUUGCACCAUGGAGUCCAAGGCAGGUUUAUGAGGAUCAACUGAGAGUAAAAAAAAAAGAGAGUGAGCUGAGAUAUGAGAGUGAGCUUGAGGGUACCAAAAAAAAAGAGAAAACAGCAGAAAAAGAGUCCAAAAAGAGAGAAAAGAUUGAGAGUGUUGAAAACAAAGAGAGAAAAUCAGUUAGUGUUUAUGCAAAAGAAAGUGAUGUCAAGGCUGCGUUCUUUGCAAACCAGCCUAUGUUUGUGCUUCUGUAUAAAGAUGCUUAUUUCAACACUAACGAACUUAAUGAUUCUUUGCCUAGUGUUGUUAAAUCUCUUUUCUAGGACUUCAAGGAUGCGUUUCCAGAUGAUGUUCCUACUGGUUUACCACCAGUUCAAGAGAAGCUUCGUUGAGGUCAUUUGCAUGGAAUUACACAGUUUGCAUCAAAAUCGCACAAUUCUACCACAAUUUGUAGCAAACUGAUAUUUUGUAUUAUUUUAGGUUAUUUUUAGUGAUUUUCACAUUUUUUGUAUUAUUUUUGGGCUGAACAUUCACUUAUUUGAUGCCCAAUUCGUGGUUAUUAGGUUUAGGACUUAGGGUGUUAGUUUCCUAUUC